GUCAGUGUAACUUAUAACUGCUAAUGAAAGCAUAGACAUGAAAAUAAAGCACAUUAACAAAUUAAAUCAGUGUUAAUUAAAAGCUUGUAUUCUAAACUACUAUGAAUGCUGAGGGAAGUUUUUGAUUAAAAUCAUCACAGGGAAAAGGAAAUAAUCCAGUUAAAGAAAUAUGUUUCCUUGUUAAUACAAAAGUAUAAUUAAUAACAUAAACAGAUUUAAAAAUGGCACUGAUUAUCAACCAAACUGGCAUUGUGAAUGGUUGGUAUCAAUAUCAGCCAUGAGUGUCAAGAUCAGUCCAUCCAUACCUAGUGAGAUAUUGUAUUGAGUUCGCAGGCAACACCCAGCCCUACAGUAUUCUGGCCUAAUAUUUAAGCACCCACAGACCUCCUCCACCACAUCCCAAAGCAUGGGCAAACUAGACCAACAUUUUCUCAAGUUCUUAAAUAUUUUUGUAGUUGUAUGUAGCAUGAUCUUCAAAUCUGAAUUUAUAUUCUUUCCCUUCUCUCAACAGGUCCCCCAUUCCCUUCAUCAUUUACUUUAAAACUUCAGCUUCGUUACAAAGCAAAAACAAAGGCACUUUUUAGAGCCACGUUUGUGUAGUUAAUUGUUGUCAGUCCAUCUGGUUCUCUGUUGUUCUUGCUCUCUGUUGUUCUUGCUCUCUGUUGUUCUUGCUCUUUUGCUCUUCCCCCCUAUCCCUUUAGUGUUGUCUUGUUUGUCCUUGUUCAUCAUGAGUGACAAUUCCAAUUUCGAACAGGUCCUUAAUGAGCUUGAUGAGCUUGUUGAACAUUCUAAAUUAAAUUAUGAACUCCAGACCUUGGAAGAUUUCAUCAAUAAGAUGCCGGGAGAACAGGAGGCAGCACCAUCCACCAGCCAUCAACCAGUCCAGAAGGCUCCACCAUCCACCAGCCAUCAACCUGUCAGGUGGCUGAAGAGAGACAGUGAUGGAAAUGUUGUCUAUGACAGACCAAGAUCGUCCCGAAACCAAACAGCUACUAGUCACAGCUACAGUCGUAAGACUGGUGCUCAUACUAGGAUGUUGGACAGCAGCAUUGAGAUGACCAACUACUGUCCUCCUGACACUGUUGAGACUUUCCUUGAAGAGCUAAACCACUCACAGGGUGAUGACUUGGAUGAUCAGGAAACGGCACCAGCACCACCACGAGCUUCCUCAGACUGGUCUACUAGAAAAAGUCUCCUCUCAGAGAGGUGGGAGAAAGAAAGACCCUGUCUGGUGAAUACCAUGGUGGCACAACAAAAUGCGACAACUCAGAUCUGCCAACAAUGUGGCAGCAGUCCAGCUGCUGUCCGUUGUCGUGACUGCCGACCACAACCAUUCUUCUGUGCUGAUUGUGAUGUCAGUAUACACCGAAACCACGUGUUCCACAACAGGGAUGCAACAAUAGCUGGAUUCUUUCAGCCAUUGCCUUCAACAACCUGUGUUGUGGAGAGGGCUCUUUCCCAGUGUGGUAAGCUGUAUUUCUUUUUUUUUCUUUUUUUGAGUGUCCCAUUUAGGGCUGCACAAUUAUUGCAAUCGUAAUUUCAAAUAUGAUCCAAUGCAACUGCCUAAUGGUAAAAUCUGCAAAUAAUCAUGAAUAGGUGACAUUUGACUUUUAUAUUCACGUCAUCCUCCUUAACUGUGCAACUUCUGGUUGGUGGGUGUGCGUAGUGCGUGAAGGGUACAAAAAUUCUGAUUGGUGAACUUCAGUCGGUCAGUGGGUGUUUGUCUUCUUGUACACUGGCUGUGCUUACCUAUAAGAGGUGGCACAAAUUAAAGAGACAUUUGGAAUAUUGAACUGAAUCAAAUCAUUCACAUUAAAAAAUCAUAUUGGAAAUGGUAAUCGCUUUAUCUGUCAGAAAGUACAGUGAGGGGUUUAGGGGUAUGGUAAACACAUCUAUGUAAUCAGAUUUUAAAUAUGUAAUUGUUAAGUGGGUUUAAAUACAUUUUAACCAUAUUUGACAGCGCCCCUAGUUGUUGCCUAUACUGUAUAUACCUCAGUAUGAUAGCUGAGGUCAAGAGCUCUCUAUACCAGUUUAUCCCAUAUAUGUAGC